AUGACAUGUCCGGGCAAGGAGGAUACCCCGUUGCCCUACACUGCCUCGCCCACCAAGUUACUCUCGAGCGACUUGUCCCUGUUUAUCUCGAAGCUAUGGGCGCUUCCAGGUAUUCUACGGCCCCUCAAUCUAGGUCACACCCGUGAGCUGGACGAGCUCUAUCCGUCGUUACGCAAUGCAUCUACGGUGUUGACCCAUGUGUUUCUCUUGGUUUAUCAAGUUGCUUUCCUGCUCUCGCUGCCGAUCAUGGUUAUCUGCAUGGUUCCUGGCCUGUGGAUCAUUGUUUAUUCGGCUAUUGCUUUCACUGUGAAUUAUUCGAUUGUCAUGUUGAUGUUGAACAGCUUCCAGCGGGUCCUGGUAUCUCAAGUGUCUGUGGUCGAGCGACCAAGUCAUGAGCGGGAGCGUUGGGUGUAUAUAAAUGGAAUUGCAGCGGGACACCACUGGGUACAGAUGAACAUCGAUCAACUGUCAUACAUCUUUGGUCGGAAAGUGACGGCCGUGCACAAUCGCACCGCUGGCAUCAUAUUUGAUCUCAUUGAAUGUCUGAUUCAGCGAGAUUUUGCCUACGCUACUGGCGAUAUACGACGAGCGUAUUCCUUGGUCAAGGAAGCUAUCUUAGACCCAGAAUGUGAUAAAGUGGUUCUGCUUCUUCACAGUCAAGGCGGUAUUGAAGGGGGCCUUGUCAUGGACUGGCUUCUGGAUGAGCUACCACACAAUCUCCUUCAUCACUUGGAGGUAUACACCUUCGGAAAUGCCGCGAAUCACUUCAACAACCCGCGAUGGACAAAGCUCGCAAGGCCACAAGGAAACACAGCACCUGAUCUAACGCCUGAAUUUGGUCAGUCCAUCGGCCACAUCGAGCACUACGCCAAUGAAGGUGACAUCGUGGCUCAGGGAGGAGUGCUUCACUUCGUGGAAAUCCCGAAUCGAUACAUGGGCCGGCUGUUCGUGCGCCCGCAUUCAGGCCACCUGUUCAACAUGCAUUACCUCGGCAACAUGUUUACCCUAGGUCCUGAUAUGAACGUCCUCGACUCCAAUUCAUUCAUGGAUAUGGAAGUCGAGCCAUGGGCAACCGCCGGUAUAAAUGGAUAUGAUGGUCCUCCGCGUCGAGUUGGGUCCACGAUAGCCCGAGACGAGGCGUUUCUCCCUGUCGCAUUGACCGUGCGACGGUCACCGCCGAAUGAGUUGGAUCGAGUACUGCGCGUCAAGGACUUUAGUCGGCUCUGGCAGUAUAGAAAUGGAGGAUGCCCGGACGGCACAGAAACACACACCGCAUGA